CUCUUGGGAGUUGUUUUUAGAGUCUGGUAUAUACCUUUGGAUGCUUUGUAAUUGUAUUUAGUUCUGACCUUUGACAAACUACAUGGAUAGGAGGGAGGCAAGUAAUGUGGGAAACCAUCAAUGACGUUGGGAUGAAGAAGAGGUAUGGCUAUAAAGGAAUACGAUUGAUUUUCUUGGGUCCUAAGCUGGAAAUUCCAAACGAGAAGUUCCAAGACAGGGAGGGCCACAGCUUGUUGUGAAGGAGCUGGAGGGCCAGCCGGGUGGGUCAGAGAGGGGACAAGUGGUGCAAAGGCUGCAGGCAUUCCAGUCACCUUGAUGCCGGGUCGCUUGGCUUUCAUUGUCCUGGUGGAGGUCUGUUCUGAGGAAUGGGCAUCAAUGACCCUCACUGCUAACUUGGACAACAGAGUGAAGAAGAUCACUGAAUAUGUCCGUGCUCAGACCAACGUUCCUGUGCAGGACCAGGUCCUUCUGCUGGGAUCCAAGACUCUCAAGCCCCAGAGAAAGCUGUCAUCUUAUGGCAUCGACGGGCAGACGACCAUCCACCUCACUCUAAAGGUGGUGAAGCCCAGUGACGAGUAGCUGUCCCUGUUUCUGGUGGAGAUUGGUGAUGAGGGGCAGAGGCACCUCCUCCAGGUGCGAAGGUCCAGUUCGGUGGCCCAGGUGAGACAGAUGAUUGAGAGCAAGAUGGCUGUAGUGCCUCCUGAGAAACAGACUGUGGUUUGCAAUGGCAAGAAGCUGGAAGACGGGAAGACCAUGGGGGAGUAUGGCAUCAAAAGGGGCAGUUUAGGGGUGCCUGGGUGGCUCAGUCGGUUAAGCGUCUGACUUCAGCUCAGGUCAUGAUCUUGCGGUCUGUGGGUUUGAGCCCCGCGUCAGGCUCUGUGCUGACAACUCAGAGCCUGGAGCAUGUUUCAGAUUCUGUGUCUCCCUCUUUC